AUGCCCAAGACCGGGGUCGAGGAGAGUCCCGGCGCGUUCGCGUCGGCCUCGGACGCCGAGAAAAGCGCGAGAUUGGACGCCUCAGGCCGCAAUGAAGCUACACCAAAGGCACGCAGCUGUGUGGUAUGCCGAAGUCGCAAGGUCCGCUGUGACAAGCGGGCGCCAUGCUCAAACUGCCGUCGGGCAAACAUUGCGUGUGUCUUUCCCUCCACAGAUCGCCCUCCGAGAUGGGCGCGUCGCCUCGACCGUCUCAACAGCGCGUUAUCCAACCCGCAGGCGUCACAGGAGGCCCGACCGAUAGCUGAUGGAGUGAUGGAAAGACUGCGGACCUUGGAAAGCCUUGUCAAAGAUCUCACCGGUCAGUUGGAGAAGGCUAAGUCGGCUGCUGGAGGGUUGUCUAGUGUUGGCUCUCCUGAGAGCUCUAUGCAUGAUCGAGAACCCGGGCACCAGUCGCAGAGAUUACCCGAUAGCACAGGAGAUAUGCAGCAGAAGUUUGGAAGGCUGGUACUCCGGGAUGCUGGUCGAAGCCGUUAUAUCAGCAGUGGCUUCUGGUCCCGGGUCAAUGACGAGAUCGACGGCCUGAAAAUGGAUACCCAAAAUUUACCUCUAGGAGGAUCUGAUACUUCGGAUGAUGAGGCAUCGCCGGGGAACACCCCAUCUACCCAGGAGCUUGAACAGACACCUUCAGACCGUCACGCAUUCUUAUUUGGUCACAACUUGACUUCUUAUUCCCCUAAUAUCACAAAUCUUCACCCGUUACCAUCACAGAUACCGUUCUUACUGGACGUGUUCGCUGAAAAUGUGAAUGUCAUCCUCCAAAUUGUUCACCUUCCCACCGUCAAGGCGAUGGUUCGUGAUUGGCGCAGCCGUGAAAUGAAGGGACUCACACCAGCCAACGAAGCAUUAAUGUUCUCCAUCUACUAUGCUGCCGUAACAUCCAUGGAAGAAGAUGAUAUCAUGAUGAACUUCGGAGUCCCCAAAGCUGAACUGAAUCUUAAAUACCGCCAAGGUCUUGAGCAUGCUCUUGCCAGAGCCGAUUUCCUCAAUGUGCCUGACCUAGUAUUGGUUCAAGCAUUCGCCAUCUUUCUUGGUCUUGUUCGCCGGCAUGACAGUCCAAGGUUUGUAUGGAUGAUGACUGGGCUAGCUAUUCGAAUGGGGCAAGCCCUGGGACUACACCGUGAUGGAUCAAAUUUCGCACAUUUGACCCCUUACGAAGUUGAAAUGAGAAGAAGAAUAUGGUGGGUGUUGUGCCUUCUGGAUGUUAGAGCAUCCGAAAACCAAGGCUCGGACUAUACCAUCACAAGUUCUAGUUUCGACACCAAACUGCCAAUGAACAUCAAUGACACAGACAUUGAUCCGGGCUCGACGAAGGUUCCCCAAGAGCACGAUGGCCUGACAGACAUGUCGGUCGCACGCGUCACUUUUGGAAUGUGCCAGGUCACAAUGCAGAUGAUGUCCCACGGCUUCAAGGACAAGACACCGAGUCUGGAGGAACAGAGUCGCUCCUUGAACCAAAUUUACGAGACCCUGGAGCAAAAUUUCCUCCAAUACUCAACCGAAUCUGGAAGCAUUACAUAUUGGGUUGUCGUUAUUGUCGCGCGCCUGGUUAUGGCAAAGAUGGCCUUGCUGAUCUACCUGCCUCUGCUAUUUUCUACUGCCAAUAAUGAAUUUUCCGAAGAGCUCCGAACGAAACUGCUGAUAUCAGCAAUUGAAGUCGCCGAAUACAAUCAUGCUCUGAACAGCGAAAAUGCAUGUCGCCAUUGGCGGUGGGCGUUCCAGACCUAUACACAUUGGUACUCCAUUGUCUACAUGAUGAUUGAGAUCUCGCGGCGCCCAUGGUCUCCAAUCUCCGAGAGAGCUUGGGUGGCCCUUCACAGUGCCUGGCUUAUCCCCACUCAAUCUCGUAUGGACAAAAGCCUCCGAAUCUGGGUCCCGCUGCGAAAACUUAUGAACAAAGCAAGACAACACCGGGGUAUGGAGCUUGAACGCUUGAGAAGCGACCUUAGAGCUGCCGAACAGCUAGUGACGGAGUACCAACAUCUACCAUUGCCAUCGAGCACCGGGCCAUUUCCACCCGGUUCCAACUCAGCAGGUGUCUUCCUUGAGCGAUGGCGCCAUAUGGUAUCAAAUACGGAUGAAGGGCUCGAAUCAGGAGUACCGAUUCAUUCCGCGAACGCGACCCAAACAACCUUGGUGCCUUCUGCCGCUGCUCAACAGGCGAAUUUUAGCCCAGGGUUUACCAUUGAGCCGGAGUGUCUUGCUACUAGAGCCUACUACCCUGAACAAAAUGUGCCAGCUAACACGAUUCAUGGACUCAACUCAGGCCUGCUCCCAGGUCCAAGUGUCGAGGUUGGGACGGAGGAGCCUACUGUCUCGACGCAUAGCACAUUUACACUGCCCGCACAAGUUGCAGCGGGUACUGAGCAAGACAUUGCUUCCUGGCUGUGGACUGAUGGAUAUGCACUUACCGAGUUUGAGAAUCUCCCCGCAGAAAAGAUUGAUAUGAACAUGGACAUUGACGGAGAAGUAAACUGGUACAACUGGGUUGAAUCUGCGAAGGUAAUGGAGUUGGAUGGAGAACAUGGUCGUGGCUAG